CAAUAUUUGUUAACAACUCCAUAUCAACAUGCUUGAGCCCUCAGCGUACAGUCCGCUGACCCGAGAUGAUGAGAUAAGGCUAUUGGGAUUACAACCUGGCAAGAAGACUCAGCGGAUCAUUAUCAGCCUAAAGCAUGUCAUACUCGAUGCAAGUGUUAGAUAUGAAGCUUUGUCUUAUGAAUGGAAAUCGGAGGAGGGUAGCGAAACCGUACAAUGUGGAUCUUUCUCAAUCGCAGCAACAAAAAAUUUGAUUAGAGCCUUGAAAGCUCUUCGGCACCCGGAUAAGCCGAGAUGGCUCUGGGUUGAUGCACUUUGCAUCAAUCAAGAGGAUAUAGACGAAAAGAGCAAACAGAUUCCUAUGAUGCGCGAUAUAUACUCCGGUGCGACUAUCGUCCUUGUCUAGUUGGGAGAAGGCAGCGUUAUGACUAAGGCGGCUCUUGAGGUCAUUCAAUCAUUGGCUUUGAUGUGUCUACAGCGACUCGAAGGUCAUCUACACGAAACUAUGGUUCCAGGAAUUGCGCAGAUACUGAGAGAACGACCAAAAAGUUCUCUGUUCACAUCUGAUAAGGAUGCGUUUUUGACCUCGAUACGGCCUGACAGUCCUCAGGCAGUAAAGCCUUACACUCUUCCUCGACGUCCAAAACUGAGUGAUGACGUUAUCUUCAGAUUUAAAGAUAGAAAAUUGUGGAAGAAGAUUGACGGCAUGUUUGCUAGUAGCUAUUUUAGUAGAUCAUGGGUCAUACAAGAGGUCGCUGUGGGACGGGAAGUGUUCAUCGUCUGCAC